CAGUGCUCUUAAUGCAUGUCGGAGGUCACACCUUACAGUGGUCACAGUGUAUAUCGGAACAUAGCCUAAAAGUUACAUUCAAUUUGACAACAAAUUAAUGUCUAACUCUACGUAACAUCUUUGCAAUCAUCUUGACGUCAAGUUGAAGCGGUAGAUUACGUCAUCUUACCGUCAACUUGGCUAUCAUGUACCGGUACAUGUUAGUUCAUUAAAAAAAGUUAUAAACAAUUUGUCGAAAUGAGUGUCACCAUUUAUUUUAAUAAGUUUCGUAUAAAAUAGUGUUGAGUGAAGAUUGUUAAAUCAGAGUUACUACUAGUGAAUGUUUGUCACAUUAAAUACUUCCAAUACUCAAUAACUAAUCACAAUAGUUGAACUGUACUAGUUGUUCAAUACUUCUAUAAAUUUCUCAGUGAAGAAAUUAAAUUAUUCAAAUAAUAUAAAUUAUCGAUGUGAUUUAUACAUCUCUGAAUAUGAUGUUCUAGACAAACCAUGCUGCAUUAACAAUAAUCCCUAAUGUCAUGGACUGCAAUCAUUUGGGUUUGUCAAUGUCGAAGUUACUGACAGUUCUCCAUAACUGUAUGCUGGGCUAGUCGUGACCAGUACUAAGAAAUAAAAUAAUUGUUGAAAAAUCGGAGAUGGAAAUGCAAGCUCGUGGUUGAUUUCGCGUGGGAUUUCCCAUACAUAUAUAUUUAUAUAUCUAUACAUAUAUAUAUUUGGGUAUAUAUUAAUAGGAAUGGUAGCUUAUCUUGAAAUGUCUAACAACACAAUCGAUGAGAGAGUAUCAGAAGAAAUUGAAGCUCUUUGUGCAAUACUGCUAGACAAUGAGUUCAAAAUACAAAAUAAUGACCGAGGUGUUCCAGAUACCAUCGAGAUACUAAUCGUCCCUUCAACGGGAGAGGACCCACAGUUACAAUAUGUUUGUGUAACUCUUAUAGUUCACCUUGUAGCUGGCUACCCGGAUGUACCACCUGAAAUUUUAUUAAAAAAUCCCCGAGGCCUGGAUGAAAACACCUUACAAAUGAUCCAAAGUGAAUUAGAAGUCAAGUGCCAAAAAUUUCUAGGUCAGCCAGUAAUGUUUGAAUUGAUAGAGUUAAUUCGAGAACACUUGACUCAGAAAAAUUUACCAACAGGACAAUGUGUUAUUUGCUUAUAUGGAUUUCGUGAUGGUGAUAAAUUCACAAAGACCGAAUGUUAUCAUUAUUUUCAUUCUCACUGUCUCGCAGCUCAUAUUAUUGCUGCUGAACGUUACUACAAAGAAGAGUUAGACAAAUUACCACAGUGGCAACAGGAUUCUGCUAAAGAAUUCAAAGCUCUGUGUCCAGUUUGUCGCGAGGCUAUCAGUUGUGAUAUGAAAAUCUUACGUCUUGCUCCACCUCCAAUUGAUGUCGAGACAGCAACCAGUUUUUCUGUAUCUGCUGAAUUACGAGACUUGCAGUUAAAAAUGUCAACAUUAUACUUGCAUCAACAACAGCAAGGUGGAAUUAUUGAUCCAGAGGCUGAAGAAAUUAAAAUGUUAUUGCGGACUGAUUCUUCUUUUGAUGAAGUUCAAUCUUCUAGUCCAUCUGCAGAACGAAAUUUAUCGCAAUUUUCACUACAAAAUGUUGUACAUACGAGUUCAAUUGCUGAUGAUCACCAUAUUUUGGAACAGGAGAAUACAUUCCAACAAGCAAGUAAUCAGCAAAAUACUCUUCGCACAGCUCUGAAUCAUCACCAUUAUUAUGGUCGUCGUGCUCCUCGAGGUCAUAACCGUGGCAAUAGUAAUCGUCGAUAUGGUGAUCGAUUUAAGCAAUCCGAUUCUGUACCUAGAUGACAUUGGGUAUAUAAUCAUAAUGUUAAAAUCGAUGUAUUCUAAUAUUCACAAACCUUAUGUCAAUUAAAUUAUUAAUAGUGGUUUUUUCUUGACUAAAGUAAAUCCAACAUUGUAUUAAAUAAAAUUUAUUUCAAUUUUUCAACUUAA